CCACUCACAGAGCAGUUCCUGGUCCAUAGGGCCCCCACCGGCACCCCGUCCCGCGAGUGCGCGUCAAUCAUUGAAGCCCACAUGGCCCAGCCUGCCCAUUUGCCCGUUUACCCAUGGACCACCAGGCGAGGGUCCCUUGGUCCAUGUUGUUGCUGCCCGGCUGGCCAUCACGGAUGUUGCUGCCCUCCGCCUCAAAUGUGUGUCCAGGCCUGGGCUGUUAGACUCGACAACCCAGAAACCUCGACGAUAGCAAUCGAGACCUGCACAGCUCGUCAGCCCGACGCCAACCUCCCGUACAUCCCUCGUCAUCCUCACUCAACCUUGGUGGAGCGACCGGACCUCCAGCGCUGCCUGCUCUCUCGACCAUACAAAUCCUCCCACGUCCCCCCCGGUGUUCGAACACAGCCAAACCGCAGAGCCGCCGGGUCCUUGGCUGCAUGCUGCAUGCGCGCCUUUGCCGACUCGACCGCCAGGCACACAAGACACGCAAGACAUACAUACAUACAUACAUAUAUAUAUGUAUGCCCGUGACCGACUUUCCCGCGCCGCAACCUGAAACCCACAGGGCGCAGCUGCCGAGCUCGAGGUUUACCAUCUCACGAACCAAAGUUACAAAACCGCCACGCACGGGCAGACGACCAGUAAGCUCUUGGGCGACAUAUCACUACAGUUCGACCACAACAAAACCGGGGCAACACAGUGACGGCGAAUUCGAGUCCGUUCUCUUAAGGUGGUCAUUGUCCAGGGAGCUGGUACAGAGAUCUUAGACCAAAGGGGGGACAACAACAGGACGAAGCUU